GCGCACAUACACCUGUGUUCAUGCGGCUGGUAUAUAACUAUAUAUAUGUAUGUGUGUUUGUUGAAAUCAAGUGCGAAUGUGUGGCCUGUCAUAAAACGCUAAAAACGCGGGAGAUAUUUUCGAAAAGCGCUCCAACAGCAGAGUGUCAGUGUAUUGGUGGAUUGGUGGGAGAGAAUCGCCUGUAAAUGUAAGAUAAGAGCGCGCAAAUAUCCCCUGUAAGAGCGACAGCGCUGGGCUCCAAAGCGCACUGAUCGACAGAGGGAGCAUGCCGGGCGACGGCGAAAUCAGCCAGUGCCCAUGGCUCACUGACUGGCCGAUGUGCCAGGGCUUGAUUUAAAUUCAAAGCAUACAGACGUUCAGUGGUCUUUGACGACGAAAGACCAGAUCAGUUGAGAUCACGAUCAGCUCGGUGGCACGACGCGUUUAAAUCAAUAGCACCGCAAGUACCUAGUACAUAACAAUAACAACACUUGCAUACGAAUAUUCAAUAACAACAAAUAUCGAUCAGAAUCAGAAACAAAAGAAGAAUAAUCGCAGAUUGAACGAAAGAAUUGUAAAUAACUAAAAAUAUCUAAGUGCAUACGAACACACCUCCACAGAUCGGGAAAUCGUUUUGUCUCACUUGAUUUUCCGGUGGAAUACUUUAAUUCUCUUUGUUGGUUGUUUUUAUCUUUGUUUAUUUUGCUCCAACACACAUUUUGCUUGUUUGCCAUUGUUGAUACAAAAAGAUUACAAGGCGGUAUAGAUAUAAAAAAUUCGAUGUGGAAAUAAUUGUGAGCGCAUAAGUGUAACAAAAGAGAAGAAAAACGAAAGAAAAAAACUGAAAAAUGCAUCCGAAGAAAGUGUAAAUGUUCAAAAUAGAGAGAAAUUCAAAUAAUAAUAAAAAUAUAUAGUGAAAUAUAUUACAGAAAAACGUGAAAAAUACUUACAUACAUACAUAUAUGUAUAUACAUAUGUGAGUGUAUGUGACAAAAAUAUGUCAGCUGUGGACAGUGAGCUAUGUGUGAAAUUCCUGCAACAAAAAAAUUAACGGAGCUAUUACAGCAAAAAAUUACGACUAGGAGAUUUAUCUAAAAUGAGUUAUAUAAGCUAAUAGUGUCAGCUGUGUGGGCUAUCUUCAAACAGUUAAGAGGAGCAUACCUAAUAUUUGGUAUAUACAUAUGUAUACUUAUAAACCUCAUUUAUUUCUGAAUAAAUGUAAAACUAGAAAUAGCUUGAAAUUUAUUUUGCUCCUUUUGGAACAAUAUAUUCCUACAAACAUAGUCACAUACUUAUGUACAUGAACCAAGCAAAGUUGAAGAAAAAUAUAAAUCACAGAAUUUAAGUAUAUACAAACCAGCAUAAGUCUGAUUGUCUAUAAGUGGGUGGUUCUUCUACUUAGAGACAUAAUGAGGUUUUCCCUUCUUUAAAGUGAAAAUAAACCGUAAAUUUGUGGCACAGCAAAAAAAGUAUAGACGUAAUCACGCCAGCCCCAAAAGUGUAUACGCCGCACAGCAACAAAGGUGUUAUAAUGAUUAUUUCCAAAGAUCUCUUUAUAUUCGGCGAACAAAUUUUUGCAACAAUCAUCCCAGAAAGCGGAACGUCACCGACCGCACAGCAACAACAAGCGACAACGCAACAACAACAGGUAUCGCCACAGGACUCGGUGGCAAUUAUAAAUACAACAACACCAUUUACGACCGACAUCGAGGCAGCGGCUGAAAUACUGCCCACUUUGAAUGCAGUUGAUGCAACAACCAAAUCGUCAAAGAAACCAUCAACAAAGGAACUCAAAAGCGGUGCAACAACAACAGCAUCGAUCGUUUACGGAGCAGCUGAUUCCAGCGUGCUUUUAGAUGCAAAAUUGCAGGCAGCCCCAAAGGAAGUGCAACUAAACAAUAAACAGUACUGCCAUCAAUUGCAACAACAGCAACCGCAACAGCAAAUGAGAACAAGAAGCAGAGAAAGCCAACAAAAGAGCCAAAGCGGCAGCGAAAACGGCUGCAGGACAAAUAAGUUGAAUACGAAUAGCACGGGAAAGCGACAACAACAGUUGCAACACGAACGCUUGCUGAACAGUUUCGGUGCGACGGCAACCAGCACAACAACGGCGACCGCGCCAGCGACAGCGACAGGAAACCACGCGGCGACAUCGGUGAUCAUUCAGCUUGAGGAAGACGCCAACGGCAAGAAGAAGCCAUUAAUGAAGAGAAAUUUCACAAAGAUAAUUGCAAAGCCGCUAAUUGCAGCAACAGCCAACACUGGUACUAACAUUGGCACUAGCACUGGCACUGGCAGUGGAAGUGGCGCGAACACGAACGGUGGCACGGUGACGAUCGCAGGCAUAGACGCAACCGCAACAGCGCCUUUUGAGGAGGCAAAUCAAACAAACGAUUUCGCAACACACGAGGUAACGCCACUGCUGCCAGCCGACCGCAUUGAACUGCAAAUACAACAACAGCAGCAGCCGCAGCCGCAGCCACAGCCACAGUCACAGCAGCAAUUGGAGCACACAAUCACCGAUCGUCGUCUACAACUACAACUUCACUUGCCAGCGGCAGAGGAAGGUGCUACCACCGACGAUCUGCCAAGCGCUUCGACCACAACAACAAUUGCCGCCACUUCCGAUCGCGGCAGUUACGACACGACUGCCAUUGUCGAGUCACCUUUUGCCGGCCACAAUUCAAGUCUAAACUCCGACGAGGAUUUGCCGUCAUUGACAACAACAACAACAACAACAACGGCUACAAUGAGCAAAGUCAUUUUGGGCAACAACACAAGCAGCGAUCAAACGAUGUCUACAUUUCCUUUCAUAUCCGAUGCGGAGCCGCACCACCGCACGCUACAGUUGUCAUUCCAGAAUAUAAACGUACUCCACAACGAACGCCAGAUUCUCUCCGAUGUGAGUGGCUCAGUAAGGCCCGGUGAGGUUUUAGCCGUAAUGGGCCCAUCUGGCAGUGGGAAGACCACAUUGCUCGACUGCCUCAGCGGGCAGCGUCGCUUCGAUAGUGGCGGUGUUUACCUUAAUCGCGAGCCGCUCUCGAAAAAGUGGCGCCGCAAGAUCUGUUAUGUGCUGCAAGAGGAGAUAUUUUUCUCUGGGCUGACCCUUAGAGAGACCGUUACGUACACGGCAUUGUUACGGCUGCCAGAGAAAAUGCCAAAGUCGGAGAAAAUUCAAUUGGUGGAUCGUAUACUGGAGGCGCUGGAACUAACAUUUUGUCAACACACGAAAUUUGGCGAUUACCUGAAUCGUGGACUGUCGGGUGGUGAAAAGAAACGCGCCAAUAUCGCAUGCGAGUUGUUAACCAACCCGUUGUUGAUGUUAUUAGAUGAGCCAACAUCCGGCCUUGACAGUCAUUCCGCCAUAUCGCUCAUGAAUUUUCUUAAGCGCUACGCGGUGCAAGAGCAGAAGACUGUGGUGAUCACCGUUCAUCAGCCGUCUUCGCAAAUGUUCCACAUGUUCGAUAAGCUGCUGCUGCUCUAUAGCGGUCGCACUGCAUACUUUGGUGAGGUGAAUAAUAUUUACACGUAUUUCGAAAGUAUCGGAGUUGCCAUCAAGCCACACUACAAUCCUGCGGAUUUCGUAUUGGAACAGCUCAAGUCGUACCCGAAAAUCCGCGAAAAGCUUUUCAUAGCCGCCAAAGAAUCACAUGGCAACUACUUGAAUAGAAACUGCAUUACGGUGAAUACGAACAAUCAACGCAACCAGCAGCACCACUCCAACAACACCAACAACCAUCAGUUGCACAUACGACGUAAUGGUGAUACUGCGGACACAAUGUCCCACAUUUCAACCAACACCACUACCAACAGCCCUUCUACCACCACCGAAAUUGUCCACGAGAAACCGCUCAAGCACGAUGCACUCAUCAAUGAUAUCAUCAACAACUACUACAAAGACAUACGCAACAAUCACACAAACCAUAUCAAUCAUGAUGCCAUGCUGAUCAUAAAUGAUCACCAGAACUCUAAUGAGGAGGCGUCGCAGCAGCUAUGGUAUGGCCACGAUUCCCAAUCAAAUUCGAGCGCCACGUCGAGUGAUUGCCAGCGUUACGAGAGCUGCGGCGACACCGACUGGCUUGAUUAUCCGACGAGUUUUCACACGCAAUUCUGUGUGUUGUCUAGUAGAAAUUUCAAGGAGGCCAAACCGCGUAUGUUAUCCAAGUUGAAUUGGUUCCAAACGAUCGGCUUGGCACUGAUGGCUGGUUCAAUUUGGUUUCAAAUACCCCGUACCGAGGAGUUCCUACAUGAUUUGCAAGGCUGGAUGUUCUUCUCGCAGACCUACUGGAUGCUGUUUGCGCUUUUUGGCGCUUUAAAUUCAUUCCCUGCCGAGCGCGAAGUUAUCAGCAAAGAGCGUCGUUCGGGCGCCUACAGGCUUUCUGCCUAUUACUUGGCGAAAAUGUUUGGCGAACUGCCAUUGGUGGUGACGUUGCCGACUGUUUACCUCAUGAUAUCCUAUCCGAUGCUAGGUUGUACCAGCUUUAAACUCUUCUCCUUGAUGUUGGUCUUUUUGCUGCUCAAUACAAUUGUGGCGCAAAGUGUGGGCUUCUUUAUCGGCGCCUGUUGCAUGGAUAUGAAUGUCAGCAUCACAUUGAGCGCACUCUACACCCUGGCGACACAACUAUUCGGCGGUUAUUUGUCGACACGCAUACCCGAGGGGCUCAGCUGGAUCCGCUACACCUCAAUGAUACACUACGCAUAUCAGAAUAUGCAGAUUUUGGAGUUUCGCGAAGGACCAGCGAUAAGUUGUGGCAACCCUAGUAGCUUUGAAUUCUGUAAAACUGAUAGCACAACGACGACAUUCAUUCCAUACGAGGAGAUACUCAAGGCACAAAACUCAACCUCACCGCUUUGGCUCAACACGCUUGUUUUAAUGAUGUUCUUUGUGGUAUUCCGCUGCCUCGGCUACGCAGUGCUCCGCUACGUCCGCUGCCCCAAGACGUGAUAUUCGAGCGUCCAGUGAGCUUAACGAAUAAAAGCAACUAAAAUUCACAAAAAUGUAUGUAAUACGAACCCUAAUAGAAUUUCGGCAAGUCGAUAUGUCUGCAUGAGUGUGUAGUUAUUGGACACACUUGGAAACUGUUUCGGCGACACUCGUUGGUGAU